ACGAAACGACGGCGCAAUAAAAGAAAGGAGAAACGAAACGGUAUAUCAAAACAAAAUUGAAAAGAAACGGCAUCAGGAAUUACAAACAGAAGAAAAUCAAAACCAAACAAUACGAAAAAAAAUUACAAACAAAACUGCUACGGUUCAAAGGCUGGUGGUAUAUUGCAAUUGGAACUCAAUUAAACAACGAGGAUACAAAAAGAUCGGCUGCUAUUAAAUAUUGCAGAUUGAUCAUCAACGGACACAACAAACAUAUUCCAGGUUUUUUUACUAUGCCUCCUAAGAUGCCUCCUAAGAAUAGAAAGUAUGAAUGUGGAAAUGAUAAGCGUAAGAAAAAGAAAAAAAUUGAAGAGUUAAUUCAAUCUCAAGCGGGAGCUCUUGAUAAAUUUUUUAUAAAAGAACCACAAGUUUCAAAUGGAAGUCACGAUGUUGAUCAUAUGAAUGUUGAAAUUCUUGAUAGUGUGCCCAUUGAAAAUGAUAAUGUUGACAGUGUGCCUAUUGAAAAUGAUAGUGUUGAUAAUGUGUCCAUUGAUGAUGAAGUUAAUAAUGAUGUUGGUAAUCUUGAGGAAGUUAAUGAUGAUGAUGAUGAUGAUGAUGACGACGAUGUUGAUUAUGAUAUAUUUGAUCCAAGAAAUUGGGAUCGUCUUCAACCUAAAAUGCAGGGCCGGCCCGAUAAAUUGAGAGGCCCAGUUUAAAUUUAAUAAAUGGGCCUUUUUUAUAAAAAAAAAAUUAAAAAAACGCAACAAAAAUGAAAUAAUAUAUAAAUUAAA